CAUCAAUGGCGGUCGGCGGUUGUACUUUUUCGUCGGACGACAUCGUCGUUAAGUCGCCUAACGAUAGGCGGUUAUACCGAUACAUACAGCUGCCAAACGGUCUCUGUGCUUUGCUUGUGCAUGAUCCUGCUAUUUACAUGGAAGGGCAGCCGGAAAGUGCUAGACCUGAUGGAAUCAGCGAUGAUGAUGAUGAUGAAGAAGACGAUGAGGAUAUGGAUGAGGACGACGAUGAAGACGAUGAGGAAGAAGACGAUGAUGAUGAAGACAAUGAAGAGGGAGAAUCAGCUAAGAGCAAUGCGCCUCAGACUAAGAAGGCUGCCGCAGCAAUGUGUGUAGGGAUGGGCAGCUUUUGCGAUCCUCUAGAGGCUCAGGGUCUUGCACAUUUUCUUGAACACAUGCUCUUCAUGGGGAGUGCUGAGUUUCCAGAUGAAAACGAGUAUGACAGUUACUUGUCCAAGCAUGGGGGCUCUUCGAAUGCAUACACGGAAGUAGAGCAUACUUGCUAUCAUUUUGAAGUUAAAUCAGAAUUUCUUCAGGGUGCUUUGAGAAGGUUUUCACAGUUUUUUAUCUCACCCCUAGUGAAGACUGAAGCAAUGGAUCGAGAAGUACAGGCUGUAGAUUCAGAAUUUAAUCAGGCUUUGCAAAGUGAUGCUUGUCGACUUCAACAAUUACAAUGCCAUACAGCGGCAUCUGGUCAUGCCUUCAACCAAUUUUUUUGGGGGAACAAGAAAAGCUUAGUUGAUGCGAUGGAGAAAGGAAUCAACUUACGGGAUCAAAUCUUGAAAUUCUACAAUGAUUUUUACCAUGGUGGGCUGAUGAAGUUAGUUAUCAUUGGCGGAGAAACUCUUGAUGUGCUUGAAAGUUGGGUUCUGGAGCUAUUUAGCAAUGUCAAGACCAACAAUGCAAUAAAGUCAGAAGUCAGGCAAGGAAUCCCCAUUUGGAGCCCAGGAAAAAUUUAUCGUUUAGAGGCUGUUAAAGAUGUCCACAUUCUUGAUCUAUCAUGGACAUUGCCAUGUCUUCGUAAAGACUAUUUAAAGAAAGCAGAAGACUAUUUGGCACAUCUCAUAGGGCAUGAGGGCAGAGGAAGCUUGCUCUUUUUUUUAAAAGCUAAAGGGUGGGCGACUUCUAUAUCUGCUGGUGUUGGUGAUGAUGGAAUGCAUCGAUCUUCAGUAGCAUAUAUUUUUGGCAUGUCUAUACACCUCACUGACUCUGGACUGGAAAAGAUCUAUGAGAUUAUUGGCUUUGUUUACCAAUACCUUAAGUUACUGCAACAAGUUUCUCCUCAAGAAUGGAUAUAUAGAGAACUUCAGGACAUUGCAAAUAUGGACUUUACAUUUGCCGAGGAACAACCGCAGGAUGAGUACGCUGCAGAACUUUCAGAAAAUCUCCUUAUUUAUCCACCGGAGCACACUAUAUAUGGGGAUUAUGCAUACAAGGUGUGGGAUGAGGAAAUGGUUAAACAUGUUUUGACUUUCUUCACUCCAGACAACAUGAGGACUGAUAUAUUAUCAAAGUCUUUCAAUAAGCCGGAAGAUGUCCAAUGUGAGCCGUGGUUUGGAUCACAGUAUAUAGAGGAAAAUAUUCCUCAAUCCCUUUUGGAAUUAUGGAGGGAUCCCCCAGAAAUAGAUGUGUCAUUACAUUUACCGGCAAAAAAUGAAUUCAUUCCACAAGAUUUUUCAAUUCGUGCAAAUACGGUAUCAUGUAAUUCCACCAGUGCAUCUCCUCCAAAGUGUAUACUUGAUGAGCCGUUGAUGAAGUUUUGGUACAAGCUUGAUAAGACUUUCCAAUUUCCACGUGCUAAUACUUAUUUUCGUGUUACACUGAAUGGAGCUUAUCGUGGUUUAAAGAAUGUUCUGUUGACUGAGCUAUUUCUUAACCUUCUAAAGGACAAGUUGAAUGACAUUGUAUAUCAGGCUAGUGUGGCUAAGUUGGAAACUUCUAUAUCACUUGUUAGUGACAAGUUAGAGCUAAAGGUCUAUGGCUUUAAUGACAAGCUUCCGGUUCUUCUUUCCAAAAUCUUGGAAACUGCCAAAUCAUUUUUGCCAACCGAUGAGCGCUUUGUGGUAAUCAAGGAGGAUAUGGAGAGAACUUUACGAAAUGUUAACAUGAAGCCACUAAAUCAUUCAUCUUACUUGAGACUGCAAGUUCUUUGUCAGAGUUUCUGGGAUGUUGAUGAGAAACUCGAAUUGCUAAAUAACCUUUCACUUGCCGAUUUAAAGGAUUUUAUUCCUGAGCUAUUCUCCCAGUUGUAUAUCGAGGGUCUUUGCCAUGGAAAUCUACUCGAAGAAGAAGCUGAAAACAUAUCAUAUAUAUUCAGAAAAUAUUUCUCUGUACAACCACUUCCAUCUGAGAUGAGACAUAAAGAGAGCAUUUUAUGUCUUCCUUCUAAUGCAGACCUAGUUAGAGACGUCCCUGUAAAAAAUAAGCUCGACACAAACUCUGUGGUUGAGCUUUAUUAUCAGAUUGAACCAGAAGUCGAAUCGAAAUUAGCAAAAUCAAAAGCACUGGUUGAUCUUUUAGAUGAAAUUAUUGAAGAACCACUUUUCAAUCAACUGAGGACAAAGGAGCAGCUUGGUUAUGUUGUUGAUUGUAGCCCUCGGGUAACGUACCGCAUAUUGGGAUUCUGUUUCCGCGUUCAAUCUUCCGAGUAUAGUCCUGUAUAUCUGCAAGGGAGAAUCGAUAAUUUUAUUGAUGAAAUGGAAGGUUUGUUGAGUGGACUUGAUGAUGAAUCUUUUCAGAAUUUUAAAAGCGGGUUAAUCGCAAAGCUGCUAGAGAAAGAUCCUUCUCUCGCUUAUGAAACAAAUAGAUACUGGGGACAAAUCAUAGACCAGAGGUAUAUGUUUGACUUAUCUGCAAAAGAAGCUGAAGCAGUCAAAUGCCUUGAAAAAAGCGAUGUUACCGAGUGGUACAACACUUACCUGAGGAAAUCAUCUCCAAAGUGUCGAAGGCUCGCGGUUCGCGUGUGGGGAUGCAACACCAACAUAAACGAAGCAUCGACCUCCGUUAAGGUAAUCAAAGACCUUAUUCCUUUCAAGGCGUCAUCAAAAUUCUACCCUGCAUUUUGUUAACACAUUCGAAAGCCGGUUCUUUUCGGCGUAUACGACUAAAACCACUUUGAGAACCCUGGUUUUAAUGAGAAAAUUUAAGCAUAGGAUUUUUAGAUGAAUAAAGAUUUCCAAUUCAAAGUGUCACUAGAAAUAUUUUUUAUUAUUUGUGUAUCUUAGAAAAGGGAAAGAAACACCAUGCCUUUGAUUUUAAUUGAAAAACAAAAUGUUGUUUUUUUAUUUUCCAAGCUUGGUCUAUUAUUCUCAUA